AUGGUUUCUUACGACGAGCGUCCGCAUAGCGUCGACGGCCGAGCACACGGGCAAAGAGCGAUGAUGAGCCGCUACCAGAACACUUAUCUCUCUCCGGUAGCGCCUUCCACGAGCCGGCCGGGCUCCGCAGGACCCAGUGGUGGAGGUCGCGGCAGGCCGUCACCUCGUGUGGGUGGCUUCACUUCAACUGCUCUUCGUCGAUCGCAGCAAAACUCGGCAGAAGAGCGAAACUCCUGCGUUCGGGCCUCGACAUCUCCUCUUGCACUUCCGCCUCCUACCCCUGAUUUUGAAUUUGGUCAGAACAAUAUCCUCGUAGCAUCGCAUUCGCACUCGAAUCACCAUCCAGCCGCGACUCCCCGACAGAUGCUCACGCCGGUGAUCGAAAGCCCGGGCAAGGAAGAUAUGUUCUUGUUGGGUAACAUGAAUGAUAAGGCCGAAGGUUUCCAGUUCACGUUUGGCGGAAACCAUGUCUCUAUUUCGCCAGGAAAACGGCAAGGCGACGUCAGCCUGCUCGUAAAGGAUAACGCUGGCAGGAUCCUCGAUCAGGCCUAUCUUCAGGCUGCGAGCGACCAGAGCAGUCCCAGUCCGAAAGCAAAACAGAAGCUCCUGGAGACGUCUGUCAAAGGCGGAGCAACACCACCCAGAAGUACUAGUCGUAGUACUGCUCCACCUCCUGCACCGGGUCUGCUCAAGCCAGGAGUUGCAGAUAGUACUAUAGGAAGUCGUUCACUCACGAACAACGCUGUUUUCCACAACGAAACGAUCGCGUCCCCAACAGCGACGACGCAGCAUUUCGGAAAUGUAGGUUCUCUGCGGAUUGGCAACAUACCUGCCCUGAAAGGCAACGAAAACAAGGUACUAUGCAACUCCCGGCUGUCUAGCUCCUCUCUUGUCGCUACUGGACUCUCUACGUCUACAACUUGCUCGAAGAUAACAAGUAAACGCUGUAAGAUAUUUUCUCAGAUCAAGUAGAAGUAGACCUAGAAAGGACGCGGACCGGACGAUAAAUAUAUAUUCAAAGUUUCACUUCAGGCAGCCGCGAUCUACCAUGGGGCGGCCGCGGUUCCGCCUGUCCCGUCACAAGAUGCAAACGGCUAUGGAAAUGCAUCCCCACGCACCGCUCCGGAGAGUUUAGCAGCAGCGGGCGCGCCGUCUAUUCGAAUUCGCGGGGCCCCAGGAGGUGCCCAACCUCAGAAGUUUACCGCUUGUCGUGGCGAGGUGAACCCCACAGUUUUUUUCGCAGCACCCGACGUUUCCCUAGCUCCUCUGCCCUUCGAGAGUCCGAUACCAGUGAUCGAAAGCCCUCCGAAGCUCUUCAACACAACUACAAAUUACUCAUCGACAAAGAUGAUCCAAUCGGCACCUACAACAACUGCAGAGCGUCAGCAGGACGCAGAGAGGCGUGCGGUGUUGCAGGAAAUAGUUGUCGCUGGUAUGCAGCAAGUUAUUCCGACUCAUCUUUCGAGGGGAAUGCAAUCGUCCCCUAUCCCGGUGAACAGUGAGCAGUUAACGAUUGCUGGAAGGGGUGCAAGAGCAGUGGUCGCAACAACUUCUCUGGUAGUACAUGAUCAAGCAACAUCUGGCGCAUCACAUUCACACAACAUUUCUAACGUGAGCCCCAGAGCAAUAUCAGAGCACGGAGCUGGCAGUCGAACUCCGACGCGCCGGCGCGCAUCUGCAGAAUCUACGUCAACUGUCGUCACAGACUACGUAGCAGCUAAGGCAGUGCCUUUGUCUUUGACACGGGAGCGGCUGGCUCAACAAGAGCUUGAGCCAUUUUUCGAGCAGCCAUUGAGUGUGGCUACCAAAAUGGCGACUAUGGUAUCUAGACCAGCCGCAGAUAAACGCUCGUCGAGAGGCGGCGCAAGUGAGACAGAGUCAAGGAGGCCUAAGAGCGCAGGCGUCUAUCGACGAACGCUCUUCAACGUCACGAACUUCGCCCGCAAUCGUGGAACCACGCUUUUCGGGAAGCCGGGAGCAAAGAAAGUCGAUGCUACGGCGGGAUGA